AUGCCCCGCGAAUCGGCGCAGCUAGCGGCUCGGCUAGCAACUUAUAAACGUAUUAUCCUUUGUGCAGACGGAACCUGGCUUGCAUCCGACCUGGGAGACGCGUCCGUGCCGUCCAAUGUCGCGAGAAUCGCUCGUACAAUCGCGACGAGUGGCCCAGACCCCCAUGGUAAUAUCGUUCAGCAAAUUGUUUCAUAUCAUUCUGGACUGGGAUCGGGUGAGCUCCCUUUCCAGAAGGCUAUUUAUGGCGGCAUCGGCUGGGGUUUGGACAAUGAAGUCUGUCAGAUUUACGAAUUUAUAUCCAACAACUACGUUAAAGGCGACGAGUUGUUCUUUUUCGGAUUCUCGCGCGGCGCUUUUACCGUCCGCUCCGUGGCUGGCCUAGUAUCCGACAUAGGCGUACUCUCGUCCCAACACAUGUCGCACUUCGCCGAGAUGUGGAAGGCUUACCGGGAGAAUACCGGCGGACAGCCCUUCCGGGAGACCGCAUGGUAUCAACAGAAUCAAGGCAAACUGCGCUUAGAGAAUGAUGUUCGCAUCAAAGUAGUGGGCGUAUGGGACACGGUUGGAGCUCUAGGGGUCCCUGAUUGGCCGUUAGUAAAUUUGGCUUCGAGAGUAGGUAUCAAUCUUUCAAAGCAGUACGCAUUUCACAACACAAGUGUGUCAAAAAACAUUGACUAUGCCUUUCAAGCCCUGGCUAUCGAUGAGAGACGACUCACCUUCCCACCGACCCUUUGGCACAGAACUCAGGAUGCGCCAGCCAAGGAUCUACAGCAAUGUUGGUUUCCCGGCGUACACCAAAAUAUUGGGGGUGGAGCUCCAGAUAGUGAGAUCGAGGAUAUUACAUUUGCAUGGAUGGUGGACAAUCUUUCUGGAAUGGUGACUUUUGAAGGUGUGAUAAUCGAGGAACUAAUCCAGAAACACCGGGCUGAGCGGGCCAAACGUAACGCCCUAGGCCAACAAAAUGAUGACUGGGGCUGUGGGCACAUCACGUCCAAUUUUGCUGGCCUGCAGGGUGCGUUCUUCCGGGGCCUAGGGAAACAGGACCGCACGCCGGGAAACUAUCCGCAGGUUCCAGGGGAUGUCGAUAGCGCUCGCACCACUAAAGAAUUCUUCCAUCCAAUUGCCCGGAUCCGGAAGACCAAUCUGGCUCCAAGUUAUUCUCCAGCUGCACUGGCUGGGUUCGUGAUCGAGGGGCCCGAUGAUGGUAGUGGUGGUCAAACCGGCUGGAAAUGGGUCAAAAAGGACGAUUUGCUGGCGGUGCCAGAGUACGUCUUGCGCCCGGAUAAGAAGAUGACUGUGGCGCAUCAUUCGGAUUAUGAGUCUCGGCCCAGCCUAUCCAGAGCUCUAUGUCCAAAGAGCCUGUUGGCGGACCUCGAUCGACACAACGGCAUACCUAUACCUGCUAGUGAGACGACUGGCAUUCAGUGA